AAAUCAAACAUGGCGGAGAAUCUAUGGCAACUGUGAUUUCAAUCAAAAGCGUCGCGAAGUGAGAAUUUGUGUCCACCUAGUGAUUUUCAUAACAUUUACAUUAAGAGGCCAUGGAGAAAACCAUUCUGCUCUAUCAAGAUGUUACGUAAGCUCUUAUUUGCAAGGCAAAGAAGGUAAAGUUUAUCAGCUCGGAGAAUUCUUAAGCAAGAGAGCAGGCUAGGGAAUAUAUUUUCGAGAAAGGUUAUACCGAGUUCAUUAAGGAUGGGAGAUGAUGAUAAGCCCCUUCGCUUCACCAUUGAAAUCUUCAAUGCCCAAUUUGUAACUUCAGGAAGAUACUUUUUGAUUUUAAGAAUAGUUGGAAGCAAGGUUAAACAGUCUAAAUUGAAGCUAUAUGUGGGCAGUUCUGAUGUAGCAUUGGAGGAUUAUCAGUUUACUACAGAUGCAUGUUUAGAAGAUGGGGAUCCUGAGACUUUGGUGACCUUCACAGAUUCAGUCAUCACCUUUUGGAUGCCUCCUGAGAGUGUGGAUGGGGAUAUUCAACUUGUGAUAGAAGCAUAUCGUCUUCCAGAGAAUCCCAUGCAUGAAGGUGACAAGUGUGGGGAGGCCGUGUUUAGUGUCUUCCCUAGAAGGGGUGCAUUGUUCUCAGGCGUGCGGCGGUCAACACCAUCAACUAAAGAUUCUAAUGAACUAUACCAGUUCGAGACCAACAUUACACUGAAUCAAGUCCAAGAAGAUGAAGGACUUUGGAUUAGUUGUGGUUCAAUCAGGGCAGCUAUGCGACUUGUAUUUGAAGAGGAAGAGCAACCAAAACCUUCUAAGAAGCCACAACCAAUUCAAAUUUCCAGAGAACCUAAACCAGGUCCUUCAACUGCACCAGAUACUCCAGCAGGGUUUAAAAAAAUCCAGGAGUCUGCCCUUGGUUCACAUGUUAACAGUAUACCUGUGCAUCAUCUAUGUGGAAGCAACACAGCAAGAGAAGGAAAAUGUGAAGUAGCAGUUCUUAUUCAUGGUGCUUUAGGACUGCCAAUGAAAUCUGAUGGAAGGGUUCCACAGCCAUACAUUGUGGGGAAGUCCAGAAGAGCAGUGGCCCAGAUGCAAAUGGGACAGUCAGUGACCCAUGCUGUCAUUCAACCAACACACUCUCCAUCUUGGGAGGAACUGCUGCUGAUUGAAGUUAAUGAGGAUGAAGCUAAUAAUGAAGCUGUUAUCUUGCUGGUGGCAGACCAUCCCAGUAAAGAGUUACUGACAGAGUUUACAAUGCCACUCAGUCAUUUGAAGCCUUUUCAUCAAUAUCAUUUGGAAUUGGUUCAGCCCAAUUCAGAACUUAGUGGUGAUACAAGACUGUACAUCACACUGAUGAAGAAACUGGACAAGUUACCUCUUCCUUCUGUAGAUGCAAAAAUUUAUGGCAUAGAGGUAUUACUGAGGGGUGUGGACUCACCCAUUUUAAGUCAAAUGGGUCCACUAAUUGCAACAGGAAGAAUUGUGAAUGACUGGAGACAAUACAAGGAAACCAUGUUAUCAGCCCAGCCCAGACCAGCUGGGAUAACAGUCACCACCAUUCACUUCCCAUCUCCACACCCGACAUCGUUUGCCAUAGCAGGAACGGCAAAUGAGUAUGGAGCUCCACAACUGACAACCACUGCUGGGCCCCAGGAACAGCCUCAGUGGAACCAGACUAUGUUUUUUCUAGGGGAUAAAUCAAGUUUAUUCACUACUGAAUCAGCUUUAGUUUUAGAAUAUUACCCAGCUUCACUAGCAAUGACCAGAGACUGUUGGCAGCUAACCAGCCCUGUUGGUUACUCCUACCAAACAAUGGAUCAGUUGCUGCUUUCCAGCUUGCAGUGGGACAGUGCAAAAAUGGGGCUAAGGGUAGAUAAUCUGCCAGUUGAGGGUUCCAAUCUGAGAACUGCUGUUGGCUUAGGCCCCACCGUUGGAAUGGUACUCAGACUUGUCACAGAUGAGAAACCUGACCAGCUCUUGUCUGCCGCCCACUUGUCUUCAUUACCAGUUUUCAGGGAAGGACCUCAAGCAGCACCUCAUGAUGAGCCUGUACAGGCAGAGAAUUUCGGAAAAGCAGGACAGGCACCUUAUGGGCUUCCUCCAAUGAAUGCAGUCAAAAAAAUGUUGCCACAAUUUCAUUCUUUAUACACUGCGCCAAGAAAUGAACCAGUCAAAGAAUAUGUGCCACUGGGGAAAUUAUCACCUCAAGAAGGAACCGUUGAUGCUUAUGGGUCAAGCCAGAUUCCUCCGGAGGUCAGAGGCAAGCUUGAUGCCAACAGUCUUGCUGUCAUGGAUUACCAAAUGAAGGAGGUGGAUCGCUACAGGACGGCAAUGAGAAAGAUGGCAGCUGAUCUCCUGCACGUGCGAGAGGAUUGCAAACGUUUAGAGGAAGCCAACAGUAGGCUGAGGAGAGAGUUGGGCCAACAUGACGAGAUAUCCAGGUUAAUGGUCAGCUCCAAAGACUUAGAUAAUGUGACACAUUCUGAGCUGGUACAGAAGUUUGUGCUCCUGAAAAAGAAGUUGGCAGAUGAAUCCGCAAAGAAACAAGAAAUGAAAUCAAGACUUCAACACCUUCAGAAUGAUCUUAUCAAGAAAAAUGAGAUGGAGAAGGAUUUUUUGAAACUACAAGAAGCUCACGAAGGGCAACAGGCACUUCUACAAAAGUUGCAGGGAAAGGUACAAAAGGCACAGACGAUUCAAGAUACCUGCAAGAAACAAGAAAAGGUUAUUGUACAACUCGAGCAGCUUUUGGCCCAAAAGGGAAAGGGACCAUACAAUGGAGUCUCUAUAGAAACUGGCGAGACUUACAGAAAACUCAGUGAAGAGAAUAUCAGACUACAGGCAGAGGUUUUGCAGUACAAGGAGCAGUUGAAGGCAGCCGAAGCUAAGCUGAAGAAACCAAGAUCACCAGGAGAACAGCGAGUGGUUGGUGCAAGUAAUGGACCGAUGUCAGACAUGGAACGACUGGAACUUUUUGAAAAACUAGAGAAAGCGGAGGGACGGAUUGUUGCUCUUGAAAAACAGUUGGCAGAUAACGUCAGAAAAUGGGCAAAGGAUAAAGCCGACCUUCAGAUGAAAUUAAACGAAAGUCAAGUCGCUCAGAGAACAGGAUACAAAAAUUCGUCCACUUCUGUAGAUAUUCUGGACUGGCAUAAUGGACCAAAGCCAAAUUCACCUUCAAGACACUUGGGUCCGCGACGACCGUCAACUAAACUGGAUCCUUUGGAGAGAAGAUAGCAUUUAGAACUUAGCCAGUCUUAGUGGAUUAUUUCAUGAUCAGAGGACACUGGGCUCCAGCUAGGCAACAACUAUCCCGAACGCCAGUCCAAGAUCUGAAUAUUAAUUUUCCUGACUAAACCAUGCAUUCUUUGUCGAGUGUUCCUCGGAAUUUGUUUUUAUGUCUAGAUAGUAAUCCCCGACUUGAUUAGAGCGCUUUUCAAUCGAGUGUCGUAAAUCCAAAACCAAAGCAAGAAGAACUACCAAUCAGAAUCAAAGAAACAAUCGCAAAUAGGAGCCAAUGAGUGCUCGAGGCAAAAACAAGUAAACUGCCCGAAGAGCGGGAAAACACCAGUCACCAAGUUAAGAUUGGUUUUUUGCAUCUGAUUGGUUGAGAGGAUAGCACAAGUGUUCUUUACCAAUCACAGAGCGAAGUAAAGCAAAACCAAAAGUAAUCUCGAAUGUCUUUCGACUCUCAAUUGAAAAUUGCUCUGUAAUUCGACCAUCAUCACUUAUUUUCUAAACCUCUGUGAUGUUAAUUUACACAAUUAUAGGAAUAGGAGGUUAGUUGAGCCGUCUUUACGAGAGGCCAUACGAAUUGUUUUGUCAAGAAUUUUUUGGGACUCACCGAAAAUUCCUUAAAUCUAAGAAAUGGCGGGUUAGAAGUUGAAUACAUUUACGAUCUGUGUACUUCACUACAGUUCUCUAAUAACAACCGAUUCACCAUCGUGGAAGUCGGGAAUAAUCAUCGUAGCGGGGAAUGUUUCAUAAAACUGAAUUCCCAAAAUUCGCUUAUUGAAAGUUUUUUCAGGCUCUGAAGAAGGGUGACAUGACGUCAGUUCUGAAACAUUACGAUUGAUGUCAUGGUUAUAGUUUCUUCCUUAUAACUCAUUAAGUUAUUUUCUACAAAGUGUUCAAAUGUGUUCAAUAAAAAAGAAAAUCUGA